UACAACAAGAAGAAGCCAGAAAGAGAGAGGCUUCAUUUAGAGGUGGGAGGAGAUACACAGGUGGAACACACAUUGGGACGAGCAACUUGUUUCAGGAUAGAGAAGGUGGGGGCAGGGAAGGGGGCAAUAGUAAGGCGGAGCAUUGUUGACUGGCCAGGCGCACAAGGACAGGUUAGACUGGUUUCUCCCCACGUGAUCCUUACUUCUCCUUGCCUUUUGAAAAACUAUACAAGUGGAAAGAAAGCCCCAGCAGUGUUCUUUGAAGGAAAGUAACUUAGGUUCUCUGCACAUUUGAAAAUUAGCCACAGAAAAGGAAUUUCAAGAUGGCAGAGGAAGGCGAAUAUUAUGGAAAGCAUGGUGAGCCUAGGAAAUAUGAUCCUACAUUCAAGGGCCCACUCCAGAACAGGGGCUGCACAGACAUUGUGUGCUGCAUCCUCUUCAUUCUUGCCAUAUUAUGUUAUAUUGGAGUGGGAAUACUUGCUUGGUCACAGGGUGACCCCAGGAAGGUGAUCUAUCCCACGGACAGCCGAGGCCAGUUCUGCGGGCAGGCUGGCACCCCGCUUGAAAACAAGCCGCUGUUAUUCUACUUCAACAUCAUGAAGUGUGCCUCCCCCAUGGUGCUGCUGGAGUUCCAGUGUCCAACCACACAGAUAUGUGUGGAGAAGUGCCCUGAGAAGUUCAUGACAUUGAUCAAAGCUAGUAGCAACAGAAAAGACUUUGACUACUACAAGUCCUUCUGCAGGGAAGGGGUGACAAACUCGAUGAGUACACCCGAAAUCCUCAAGUUAGGUCUGUGUCCUGCCAUGCUGACCCCCAGCAAGCCUUUCACCCGUAGGUGCUUCCCAGCUUUGGGCCAAAAAGGAGGAGUGAUAACUGUGGGGAACAAUUCCCACUUUGAUGAUGGAACUGGAAAUAUGAGAGAUGCCAAGGAUCUUUUAGAUGGAGUGAAGAAUGCAACUGUGGUUAUUGAAGCUCGCCAGGUGGUCAUGAAAAUCUUUGAGGAUUACACGCAAUCUUGGUACUGGAUUCUGAUAGGUUUAGUUAUUGCAACGGUCCUCAGCCUGAUCUUCAUCGUCCUCCUGCGCUUCCUGGCAGGGAUCAUGGUCUGGGUGAUGGUCGCCUUGGUGAUAAUAGUGAUAGGAUACGGUAUCUUCCACUGCUACAUGGAGUACGCUGCCCUGAAGGGAACGCCUGGUGCUGAUGUGACCCUGCAGGAUUUAGGCUUUCAGACAGACUUUGCAGUCUACCUUCAGAUCAGACAGACCUGGCUGGCCUUCAUGAUCAUUCUCGCCAUAGUAGAGGUUAUCAUCAUCCUGUUACUCAUCUUCCUCAGAAAAAGGAUUCUAAUUGCCAUUGCACUCAUCAAAGAAGCCAGCAAGGCAAUUGGAUAUGUGAUGUGUUCCCUUCUCUACCCACUGUUCACUUUUCUCCUCCUGGCUAUAGUCAUCGCCUACUGGGCCACCACUGCUGUUUUCCUGUCUACUUCAAAUGAACCUAUCUACAAAGUAUUCAACGAGACAGCAUGCGAGCACUCAAGGAAAACAUGCGAUCCAGCUAACUAUACAACCACAACCAUGAAAGCGGAUUGCCCUGACUCGGAGUGCCUUUUUGCCUUCUACGGGGGAGAGACUGUUUACCACAAAUACCUGAUUGGCUUGCAGUUCUACAACGUCUUUCUUUUCUUUUGGUGUGCCAACUUUGUCACAGCGCUGGGGCAGAUGACAUUGGCUGGGGCCUUUGCCUCCUACUACUGGGCUUUUGUCAAGCCAGACGACAUGCCUUCAUUUCCUUUGUUUUCUUCACUCGGGAGAUCUCUCAGGUAUCACACAGGAACUCUGGCAUUUGGCUCCCUGAUCCUUUCAAUCAUCCAGAUCAUAAGAGUUCUCCUGGAGUAUCUGGACCAUAAACUUAAAGGAGCCCAUAAUAAGUGUACCAGGUUCCUCAUGUGCUGUCUCAAGUGCUGCUUUUGGUGCCUGGAGAAAUGCAUCAAGUUCAUAAACAGAAACGCCUACAUUAUGGUGGCGAUAUAUGGCAAAAACUUCUGCACUUCUGCCCGAGAUGCCUUCUUCCUGCUCAUGAGGAAUAUGAUCAGGGUGGCUGUGUUGGACAAAGUGACAGAUUUCCUCUUGUUUUUGGGAAAACUGCUCAUUGUUGGACUUGUGGGGGUCUUUGCUUUUUUCUUCUUCUCUGGGAGAGUGAAGGCUUUUGAAGACACCGCCCCUCAUCUCCACUACUACUGGGUACCCAUCCUGACUGUGGUGGUUGGCUCCUAUCUCAUCGCCCAUGGAUUCUUCAGUGUGUACGCUAUGUGUGUAGACACACUUUUCCUCUGCUUCUGUGAAGACCUGGAGCGUAAUGAUGGUUCAGCUGCAAGGCCUUAUUACAUGUCCACUACUCUCCGUGAGAUUCUCUGGGAGAACAAGGCGGAGGGUCCACCAUCUUCUGCUCAGCUACAGGAUGAAGAAAUCAGUGGGCAGCAACAGCAGACUAAGGAGGAGGACACAUCUUUAGUAGUCAGGAGUUCUGUUGUUAAAGAUGCAUAGAUUUUUCUUUGAAACUAAGAAGAUGGAUCUCUUUUUGAGCCUCAUGUCCCACAAGCAUGCUCACAGGUGGCAAGUAUCCAAAACGGGGAAGUUUAUUGAAAAUCAAGCUCAUCUUAAGAGGGCUGAAUACUGGUACUCAAGACACAUCUCCAAAUUACGUGUGUGGAAUGUCUCCAUUUUCCUGGAGUGUUCAGUGUUUGAAAAGCUUUUGGAAAUGUGAUUGGUUGUAAUGUAUUCAUGCUGCUGGCCAGUAGCCAUUUGAAACCACUUAUGUGCCUAAUUUACUCAUAGAAUCUUUGAAUCUGAAGGUUUAGAAUGGACAAUUAUAAGCUCUAAAAUAUUUGAUCUGUACUAAGAAACGAUGACCUUCUAGAAGCUUGUCUUGUACUGUCGGCAUUUCAGUUUUUACUGUGAAUCUAAAAAGUUGGAUGACAACACCUUAUAACUUUUAACAUGUUUGCCAAUGUACUUGAUAUAAUAAAGCAGAAAUAAUAGCAACAAGAUUCUAAAAUCAAACGUAUUUUGAAGUAGACUGAGACUCUGUGUCCCAUUUGAUUUGCUCAAAUAAAGCGAUGGUUCUAAUAAUAUCAGUGAACAUCAGUUUUUGUCUGUCUUCAGUGGAGGAUCUUGAGAGGAAUGAUGGCAGUCCAGAGAGGCCAUACUUCAUGCCUGAGAGCCUCCGCAAAGUCCUGAACAAGAAGAACAAGAAUGCACCAGCUCAGUAGAGCGUGUCCUCCAGCAGCAAUUGGUAACUAAAAUCGAUCAAAGAGCACAAGAAAGAUCCUGAUGCUUUUCAGAACCCUCAGGUGAUAACCACAGUGUAUUUUGUUUUUGUGAUUACUCUGAAAGAGGGUUUACAUUAAAGAAAUUCAGAGACUUACCAUAUAUAACUCAAAUAUUUAUUUAUAUAAUAGAGCUUUUUGGAUUUAAAAAUGCCUAAACUUAAUGUAUAUUUGCAGUGCGGUAAACAUCCAUAUUAUGAGCUGUUUUCUUUUUAUUUUUUUUUUUUUUUUUUUUAUCCCCCACCCCCUCUUAACCAGCACAUGUAUAUUUUUCCAUACUUGAUAAGUACAUGAAGUUGCGCUUCAAAGCAAGCUGUAUUAGUUUGGUCUUUAGUUUUUUCCUUUAUUUUUUUCCUUUAUUUUUUUUCUUCGAAAAUGUAUAAUCUUGCAUGACUUUUUUUUUUUUUUUUGUUACACCAAAGCCAUUGUACGGCCAAUGUGAGGCUGUAUAUGCACUGCAUGUCAUAUCUAAUGCUGAAAGUUAUUUUGUACUGCUUUUAGUGAUUUUUUUUUUAUUAUUAUUUUUUUUUAUUAUGACUGCUUUUAAGGUCAUUUUUUUGACAUUGUGUAUGGAGUGAACUGUAAAUGUUUUUGAAAUAAAAGUAAAAUAGUUUUGUACAUUCA